AUGUAUUUGGGAAAUUUGGCAAUCAUGAGGAUACAAACACAUGCCGAAGCAACCAAGCAUUUUCUUGCCUCGUUGAACUUUGUCAGUUCUUCCUCACAUGAUACUACUGGGUCCAUAGAGUUCUAUAUUGGUCCAACAAAGUACUCCAUAUCUUUCCGUGACAUUUGUGAUGUCUAUGGAUUCUCGAUAUCCUAUUACCAAGAAGUGGAAGAGGCAACAAAAGCAUCAAUGGUGUGGAGGAGCAUAGCAUCGCUUAAUGAGCUGUAUUGCCUCCAUGGAUCACGGUACACAAAGAUCAAGAAUCCAUCUAUCCGAUAUGUGCUUUGCCUCCUUGCAAAUGCCUUCUAUGCUCGUGAUAUUGCCAAAGACUACUAUGGUCAACCAAUUGAUCGAGACACUACAUACCAUGGGAGCAAAGGCGCCUCAAUGUUCUUUGACCACAUCUCAAACAUCCGGUCUUCCAACACUCACAUUCUUCGACCACGAAUUUUCAUUGGAGGAAUGCUCACCCCACUAUUCAACCGUCUCAAUGUUGAUAUAUCCGACUAUCCACCUAUCUCGUUAAGCCCGGUGAUAGACGUCACAUAUGCCUUGGAGCAUCACAUUCUAUCGGGAAGGUACCCGCCUAACCACCUCAUCUACACGUUCUUGGAUGAUGAUGGAGAGCCACUAUGUUGCUACUUGCCCACUCUACGUUGCAACACAAGUAGCAACCGUGAUCUACGCUUCAUUUUGCCCCACCAUCUUCCUUUCAAACUGCCUUCCCAACAACCAUCAAACCCUCAUGAAGCCUAG